UUCCUUCUUUAAAGGGAAGAACAGAGAAAACUGGGGGCUUUCCUACCGCUGCCUGCCCUGCUGGAGGACGGGAAAAAGAAAGCUUCUUGCUUGCUUUCAUCAUUGUUCUAUUGAGAAAUGGAAUGAGUCCAGCUCACCGCCAUGGAAAGACUGCCGCCGAGCGUCAAGAAGGGCGUGGGCUCGUUCUCUUUGAUUCUGUCGUUUCGGUUUCGGAUGGGCUUCCCUAACGACUAACUGGACGGGAAGUUUCCGAGGGGAAGCUCGGAGCUUUCUGAUAUGAUGAACUGACUGAUCGGCUUGCUUGGGAGGGGUUGUGAGGAGGAUCCUGUGAGAGCUAGCAGAGGUUUCAAUGACGAAGAUUUGCCUCGACGUCGUGAGCGAGAGCGAGUCGAACUCAGCCUGUGAGCAGAGCUCGCCCGCGGCCAGGCGGCGCAGGACCGAGAUCUGCCGGUUCAAGUUCGUCACAGACCUGGCAACUCCCGAGAACGAGACUGCUAUAGGCGUCGACGGGAUGACGCCGAGGACCGUGAUUCCGGUUCCGACGAGGGACUCUGAGAAUGCGGCUGAGAAUCGCCGGACGGACAUUGAGAAAGGACGAUCAGAGGGCAGAGACGUAUCAGGUCCAGAUCAGACGUUGGUUCUGGCGCCGGUUCCCGGUCUUGUUCCGGUAAUCCCGAGCCCAAGCGCUAAGAACUACCCCCGGUAUGGUGUGGCUUCGGUCUGCGGAAGAAGACGAGACAUGGAGGACGCAGUGGCGAUUCACCUGGACUUCUGCCGCCGCCUUGAUGACGUCGCCGAGCAAUUGCAUUAUUUUGGAGUUUAUGACGGUCACGGUUGCUCUCAUGUCGCGAUGAGAUGCAGUGAGAGGUUGCAUGAGCUGGUGAGGGAGGAGCUGGAGAGGAGGGGGGAGGAGAAGCAGCAGCAGCAGGAUCAGCUGGUGACUGAGUGGAGGUCGGCGAUGGAGACGAGCUUCGAUCGGAUGGACAAGGAGGUGACGGCGUGGAACAUGGAGGCGGUGGUAGGAGCGCAGUGCAGGUGCGAGCUGCAGACUCCUGACUGCGAUGCCGUCGGAUCGACGGCUGUGAUUGCGAUCGUCACCCCCAACAAGAUAGUCAUCGCAAACUGCGGGGAUUCGAGGGCAGUUCUCUGCCGGGGCGGCAAGGCCAUCCCUCUCUCCUCCGAUCACAAACCAGACCGCCCGGAUGAGCUUAACAGAAUCCAAGAAGCGGGCGGGCGGGUCAUCUACUGGGAUGGGCCACGGGUGCUUGGAGUUCUUGCCAUGUCCAGAGCAAUAGGAGACAAUUACUUGAAGCCGUAUGUGAGCUGUGAGCCGGAGGUGGCGGUGGUGGACCGGACAGCGGAGGACGAGUGCCUCAUCCUUGGGACUGACGGCCUCUGGGAUGUGGUCUCCAACGACACCGCCUGCGGUGUGGCUCGGAUGUGCCUGAGGGGGAAGGGGCGGGCGCCGACGGCUAUCGAGGCGGCUGCAGGCACCUCAUCGGCAGUGGCAGGGGACUGGGGAGCGGGAGAGAGGACAGACAAGGCAUGCUCGGACGCAUCGCUGCUGCUGACGAAGCUGGCACUGGCGAGGCACAGUACGGACAAUGUGAGCAUCGUGGUGGUGGAUCUCAGGAAACAGGCCACGUAGUAUCUAACGUUACUCGUGUUCGUUUGUUCCGUCUCUCAUUUUAUUCUCUUUUGUUUUUUUCCAUUUCAGGUAAAAUUUUAAUUUUUUUUAUUAUGUUCUUUCUGGGGAGGGGAAGAUAUAUAAUAUAUAAGCCCGAUAUGGGGGCAAAAACUGUGUACAGGGUCGAUUAUUUAUGUAAUUUUGCUUAUCAAAAAACUGAUUUAUGUAAUCUUGCAUUUAUACCAU